AUGUACGGGGUUCCACAGAUUGAAAAUCCAAGUAUCAUCCUGAUUGGGAACCAGGAACCGGAGAACCGCACCGGAGGGUCCGGUUCGGUUUCCGGUUCUAAGGGACCGGUUCCAGUUUCCGGUUCCUUUUUUUUGGGAACCGGAACCGGAACUGGAACCGGAACCGGUUACUUAAGGCAAGGAAGAAAAGAACCGGACACCGCAGGCCACGCCCCAAAACCUGUACACCUCUCGCUUCGCACGUUGCCGCCCCCUCUCUCUCUAUCUCUCACCGCCCUCCGUUUUCCGCGAUCUGGCCGGCGGAGACGGCGGCGCCACUUGCCUCGGCCAGGCUGCCCACCCACUGGGGCGUCGACUUGGCUUAGCCCAACCCGUGGUCUUGGUCCUUGGCUGGGCCGUCACUCCUCAGUCGGCAUCCCUGAUCGCCCGAGCUCCCACGGCGGCGGCAACGGGACCACCCAGAACAAACAAAAGAGAAGCCGAGCAAGACGUGAAGGGGGAGAAGGAAGGGGUGGCCGGUGGUGCCCCACCUGGUACGGCGGCGACGCAGGCACGGCGGUCUCGCUCUUUCCUCUAAUCUCGGCGCUCAAGUUUCGCUCUCUCUCCCCUACCUCUCGCUCUCACAGGCACGCACGCAGCGCCCGUUCCCGCCCGCCUCCGGCCGCCGCCGCUUCCGCCGAGCCUCCCCUCGCUCGCCCCGCAGCAACCCAGCCCCAACUCUCUCUCGAGGGCAUUGUCGCUGGAGGUAGUGCUGCUGCUGGUGUUGCUGUUGAAGCAGCGCUUUGCCCAAUUGACACCAUCAAAACUAGACUUCAGGCAAUAUUAAAUCCUUGUGUGCCCAAUAAAUCCAAUUGUUUUCCUGUCCUCCGAUUGCCAUGCUGCACGAACUUGGAGUGUAAAUUGAUAGUUGGGAGGCUGUUGCAACAGACAAUGUUGUUUAGCUCUUAUUGCUGCAACUCUAGUGACUGGAAAUGAAUUUUCUUUUGAUGAAUAUUGGGCUGUUUGCUGCCACCCACCGAGAAGCACAUGUUUAUCUGGAAUA